AUGGCACGGAAAGCCGGCUCAGAGCAACUCAAUCCAACUGUGGAAGAUACAACAGUCGUAACCAAUAGAGAACUCAUAAGUCGGCUCCUGAACAAAAUCAAGAGUAUGACUGCGAGAAAUCACGACCCCUCUAAAGUGGCAUGGACUCGAACCCUCGAAGGCUUCAUGGUGAGUACUGACGACGCGGGCAAUACUGACGCUCCUGAGGAGGACUUGCGGCCGCUUUUGUCUCGAAUGACGGUAUGGGACCUCGUGGAGGUCCUCGAUAUAAUGGCUACUCAUUCACAGUGCAACGCUCAAGUGAAGAGGUACCAUAUUUUUCUUACUAAAUUUGCCGAAAGGCUCCUGGACCUCUAUAGCAGGGCACGGAGUUAUACUACUAAUGGCAACGCUCUCGGCUCAUCAUCGACUGCGCUAUCCAGACCACGGGAAACUUUCACCCCUGACAUUUGUGUCGCGGCCUGCCAUGCGUUGGUCCGAGAUACGCUGAAUAUGACGUCAUUUGGCAGUGACCCCGAGGGGAAAUACACCAUAGCAUUGCUGGCUUUACAGCCAGAGUUACCUCCAGCGGUGCUGACAACCAUAACGAGUGAAGACCUGAAAGAGCUCGCCCGAUGGUGCCUGUAUGAUUUGGUGAGGGACGAUGAUGUCAGGAUGAAAGCCAACACGAUAUUCUCCCUUGGUGUUCUCUCAAGACUUCAAUUAAUACCGCGAGAGUAUCCCCACCAGCAGUGGCCAGACAAGACCGUCGAAUUGUCGGUAGCGGUCAGGAGGAGCGUAUCGGAACUCGACGUGUCUCGCAGUCUCGAGAUAUCAGCACAGCCGCGUCACGACAACUACCAACUCGACCGCCAAGUGAAAGUGGUUGAUCUUGUGCGGCUCUCCAUGGGCUUGGAGCUUUUGCGAAUUCCCAGCGAUACUUCCCUGGUUAUGGCGGUAGAGGAGGAAGUCAAUAAGGCCGUGAAGGAAUCCUCGUCUGCGGUCAGUGGAGCCGUACCGGCCCUCUGGUGGACCACUCAGAUUGCACGUCGGACUCGAUAUCAUACUCUACCGUUAUGGCAUAGACAAUGUCUUAAUGACAUCGAUCACCUCAAGAAGACCGAUAGAUGGAAAGCGUCGUUAGCGCUCAUUGCCACCCUUAAUGCAUUGGAGAGCCACGGUCAGCAGCAGCAGCGACAGCCUCUCUGGGAUGAGGUUGAUGCUGGAUGUGAGGGAUAUUUCAGCGAAGCCGACAUGAACUUCCUUAAUUACGUUCUAUCACAUAACUGCUAUCAAAUGCGGCAUCGAGAGCAGGUGUCUUGGGAAGUCGAUAUGAUGGGCGUCAACAAGAGAUACUUCAAGAACCCUCAAAGUGUGACGAAGCAGCACGGCUCGAAUGAUGAUAAUCCAUGAUGAUCAUGCUC